AUGCUCAAUUUCCAGUGGCUGAUCAUAUUGGGAUUCUGGUUGCUGGACAAAUUGGAGCAGGCAAGUCCAGCUUUAUCAACUCUGUCAUUACUGUCCUUGAAGGACGGAUCACCAACAGCGCUCAGGUCAAUUCAUCUGCUACUGGUCGCAGUUUCACUGAAAAUAAGUGGGGGUGCCAAUUUGCCUUUUGUCUUGCGUGACGUAAUGGGCUUGGAACCAGAAAAAUUCAAUGGGUGUUCCACCGAAGACAUUGUCAGUGCUGCUUUGGGCCACAUAAGGGAGAAGUAUAAAUUUGACCCAAAAGACCCACUGAACUUUGGGGAGGAACAUUUUAACACAGAUCCCACACUCUCUGAAAAAGCUCUCUGCCUCGUUUACAUCAUAGAUGCAAGUACAGUCAACUUCACAGAUGACAAACUCAUUGAGAAGCUGACAGCGAUCCGCCUGAAACUCAGAGAAAAAGGGAUUCCUCAGGUGAUUGUCAUGACCAAAGUGGAUGAAGCAUGUCCACUGGUGAAAAAAGAUCUAAAGAAAGUACAUUAUAGCGCAAAGAUCAGAGAGAAGAUGCAAAUGUGCAGUGACAAAGUGGGUGUGCCAAUGAACAGCAUCUUUCCAGUUAAGAACUACCAUGAAGAGAUUGACACAAAUGACACAAUUGAUGUUCUGAUUCUAAAAGCAAUUGAACAGAUUGUAUAUAAUGCUGAUGAUCGACUGCGGGAUGGUGCUAUUUAAAAUGUUAUGUAUGAUGAAUACAAGUGGAAUAAGAGUUCUAAAAUGUCUAGAAUGUACAGAUUGUCCAUAUUUUUAAGAUUCUGUGUUUUUAUGAGGAAACGUUUCAUAAUUAACAUAAAUAACAUUUGCAAACA